UUGCUGGAUAUGUUUUUCAGUCCCUGAGGCCAUAGUUCUGUGGGAUAUGUUUGGUUGAAUUUUAACUUAGACAGAUUUUAUACUCUUAACUACUUUGGUAACAUGUUGAAAUUAUCAAUUAUUUGCUAAUUUGACUAUAUUAUGACAUUUUAUCCACCUUUUUCAGUCUACAAAUGAAGAAUUAGUUGAACAUAUUGAACUGUUUAGGAGGAUGCAUUCCACAUCGAAAGGAUGGGAUAACCAACUACCCGAGUCUUGAUAUAAAGAAAUGGUGGAGUUACAACAAUCACAAGUAGAGCUUGAAGAUGAAGCAUCUAUAAUGGAUGAAGCAGAAAUAUGGGCUCAAGCUCUUGGUAAGAGUGCUAGGAUUAUUUCUGGGAUUGGACCCGCUCCACGUAAAUCAUACAGCAAUGCAGUAACAGCUCCCCCUAAAUUGAUGCAACAAUUGAAAAUUCUUACAAAACAAGAUAAAGAGAAGGAUAAAGUUAUUAGUGAGUUUACACAAAAUCUCGAACAACAAGCGUUUCUUAUCCAGAGCCUUGUUACACGAAUGGAUAUUAGUCAGCAUCUGCCUACAGAACUAACCAAUGAUCCGUCGCCAUCAGUUAGUGCUGCAGUACUAUGAUUACAUUAUUGAAGUUACAAUUUAUCUUUUUGUGGUUAAAUAUUAGACAUUUAUGAUUAUACAUUGACUAUUAGUAGUUAUCUGCGCAAUACAAUUUUC